CUUAUUUCGUUUACUAAAUUUCAGUGCUCAGAUAUUUUCUCUAUAAAACCCUCAUUUGGUAUCUAUUCUCUUUACUUUUCGUCCUAAAACAAUUAACUUACAGAAAUUCGAAUUCUCUUCUGGUAAAGUUGCUGAUUGUAGGCAUGAGUGGCGGAGAUCUUAUCAAUAUUCAUCCCACCGAGCUCAAGUUUCCAUUCGAAUUGAAUAAACAGAGCUCGUGUUCUAUGCAACUCGCUAACAAGACUGAUCAAUAUGUGGCCUUCAAGGUUAAAACGACCAACCCAAAGAAAUACUGCGUGCGUCCCAACACAGGAAUCGUUUUGCCUGGAUCGACAUGUGAUGUUACUGUUACAAUGCAAGCUCAAAAGGAGGCUCCACCUGAUAUGGAGAGCAAAGACAAGUUCCUUCUUCAGAGUGUGGCCGCACCUCAUGGUGCAACCACCAAAGAUAUAACUCCCGAUAUGUUCAACAAAGAGGCUGGUAAAGUUAUGGGGGAGUUCAAAUUGAGGGUGAUUUAUGUUCCUGCAAGUCCCCCCUCACCAGUUCCUGAAGGAUCUGAAGAAGGAUCUUCCCCAAGGGAAUCUGUGCUGGAGAAUGGCAACCAAAACAAUGUGAUGUUUGAUGCUAGUACGAGAUCUGGAUUGGAAGCUAACCACACAAGAUUUAUGGAGGAGCCUAGGAACAAAUCUUCGGAGGCAUCAUCUAUAAUUUCCAAGUUGACCGAGGAGAAAACUUCUGCUAUGCAAAAAAAUCAGAAACUGCGUCAAGAAUUGGGAGGCAUAAUUGGAUCAUUCGUUUCAUGGAACAGGACUUAAUGAAAAAAGAAAUUAGCAAAAGCCGUGCCUGUGGUUUCUCCUUCCUGUUUGUUGUGUUGGUUGGUCUCUUGGGUAUCCUUGCCGGAUACCUUGUUAAGAAAACAUAGUCUUAACAAUCGGUUUUCCGUUGCCUGCAAGCGCACAUCAAUAUUUGGCGUGUUUAGAUGAUUCACAGCUUUGUCCCGAGGACCUCUUCUGGUAUCAAUGUAAAAAGUGGUUAUCCAUUAUGUAUUAUUUUCUUUUGGCUCUUAACUUAUUAAGUGAAUGGUCUUAAAUUUCUUUUGUUUUUUGUUGAUUUGGAGUUCAUAUACUUGAGUUAAUGAUUGAUUCAUGAAUCCCAGUCAGGAUCAGAGCUUUUUUUGGA